GAACAUUUUUUUUUAAAAAAAAAAAAUAAAAGCAACUAAUUUUCCUGCUUCUAUAGUGUUCUUUUGCUUCUUUUCUUUUCCUUGGUUUUUACUUUGUAGAUGAAAAGAAAAUGUCUUUCAACUACUUUCCAUCAUCCGCUACUACGCGAAAAACCAACAAAACACUAACGUUGGAUGAUUUCCUUCAACUACAGUCUCUUUUAAAUUAUGAACAAGAAGCCCGGGACAGACAUAUCCAAGCCUGCUACAGUCCCGCUGAAGAGAAUGCCAGAGAAACGAUUCUCUAUCCUUUUGUCCCCCAUUCCCAUCCUCUUCGAUUACGUCAUGUUUCUCCUCAAGCCGCCCAUCAGUCUCGUUUAGAAAAGCAAAGGUUGGAACAGGCUACGUUAAAUCUAAAGUAUUUGAAGGACCAAUAUCGUCGUCAACGUGCCGCAGAAAUUCAAGCCUACGUAGAAGCCUACAGACGACAGGCUUUAAUUCGUGCUGUUCAGCAGGAAGAAGAAGAAAGAUAUCAGCGUCAAUGCAUUGCAGCUGCUCUAGAACAACGACGUGUGAAUGAGUUAUGGAAAAGGUAUAUGGCCGUAAAGAGUGAAGAGGCAGCCAUCCGCGAGCAGCUGAAACAGCAAAUGUUACUCAGACAGCAGCAGCAACAGCAACAGCAACAACUUGCCGUGCUGGAAAAAGAGAAAGACGAUAUUGACAUGGAAGAGGCCACUUCAGACGAGGAGGAGGGCUAUUCUAGAUAUCAUUCCGCUCAGCUGGCUGAUUUACUGAGACAUGUUUUCGGACAGCAAGUGCAACAACAACGUGAGCGCUUGGAAGAAGGCAAUGACGUAACCUACUUUGCUGAUGAACACGUCCAAGACAAUGAGCCUGCUCCUAUGUCGGACGACGAUGCUAUGGCGAUGGAUGAAGUAUGGAAAUACCUUUCUGACCAAAAGAAGCGUGAUUCUGAAGCUGCUCCUUCUUCCAACGUUGGCUUGUCCGCAAGUCGCAGCCUUGACGAUGACGCGGAAACAGUGUCUUCUUCUCCAAGCACGGCCACGAACAUGGAGUCACUCGAUGAUGCAAAUACCGAAGCUUCUGAAAUGACAGCUGAAGAGCAACAGAGACAAGAAGAAUUAAAGGCAUUACCUCCUCUUCAAGAGCACGUCGUUACCUUGAAGGACUUGAUCAGUCAACUUGCUUCUGAGCCAGUGUUGGUAGGUGAACAAUACAACGCGCCCUCCGCGGCAGCUACUACUGAAAAGCCUAUGAUGCAACAGUUCAGUGACGAGCCCAAGCCUUCUGGUAUUUGGGUCCAAGAAGAUGAGAAUUUAAGAAAGAAGCAGCAACAAGAAGAAGAGGAACAACAGCAGAAAAAGCCUAUGACUGCUAAUGAUGCUGCUACCACUUCCACCGCACAAGACGGUCCCUCUUCGACAGAGGAUAAAAAUAAGGAAGCAGAAAAGGAAGAGGAAGAAGGCGUCUUUUUACCCAAACAAGUCAUCACUGAAGCAGAACCUACACCUCAGUUGGAACAAAUGCCAAAUACACCUGUCGGCACAGAAGAAGAACGUCCAUCAGAGCAGCAAAAGAAAGUUGUUGACAGUCGUAAGAUGAAGGUGAUGGAGGAUUUAGACAAGAUCGAAGCCGAAUUGACAUCGGAAGACAGCGACCUUCAUAAGCGUUGGAAGCAUGUCUUGGACACCAAAAAUCUUAGCUUCACCAAACAGUCUGAAGGCACGUUAUUGCUGACAGCUUCAACGGAUGCUAACCGCCAAUUCUUGGGUUCAGAGGACGAGUUGAUGCGUGUUAUGCUCAAAUUAGAUGCCAUCGAAAGUAACGGUGACGAGGAGAUUCGUUUAAGACGACGUGGGCUCGUAAAGCAGUGUGAGCAUAUGCUUGAUUGUUUAGACCAAUUGAAACAGGCACAGUGGGAGCCUGAAGUGACUCAUCAACAACGUAAAAAGCGUCAUCGUCGUCGUCAUAAGAAGAACAAGAAGAGCAAACAUUAACCCUAUUUACAUGAGACAUAUAUAAUUAGUCAUGAUGAUUCAUUGUUUCUUGCAUACAAUAAAAUAUCACUUUUAAAUUCAUUGCUCAAAGCUCGCAAC